UGCUAUGCCUGCUAUUGUUAUUAAAAAUAGUUUAUCUCAUAUUUUUAUUGUAAUUCAACGUGACUUAUAACGUGAGCAUCGGUUAACUGUCAUAAAGUUUUAAUUGAAUCGUACGACAACCAAUCUGCAUUCAUGAAUCUUAUUUUAGUUGCGCUACUUUUAAUGAUACGACCGGCACUCAAUAUGAUGAUAACACACUUUAAAUGCCGCAGCGGAGUCUACCCACGGUCGUCAGUUGAAAGGUUCCCGGUUCCUGAUGAUAAAGUGAGCUGGACCAGUGAUUAUAAGGAAUACAAACCACGCAAUCAUACAGCGCAAUCUAUUCAUGGGAAACCUUGGGCUGAUCCAGAGAUAGGUGAUCCUGAAUUCAACCCAAACUGGAAUAACUUAGACAAUAAUGUUGAUAGACAAAGUUAUAUGGGCCAAUACAAAAUAGUAGAUGGCUAUCCUCUCAAUCCUAUUGGGAGAACUGGCAUUUGUGGUAGAGGAGUGCUGGGUCGCUGGGGACCCAAUCAUGCCGCUGAUCCUGUAGUUACUAGGUGGAAGAGAUUGCCGUCAGGAGAAGUGGAGAUGGAGAAGAAUAGCAAUAAGCCAAUACUUCAGUUUGUAGCCAUCAAACGAGGAGACACUGGUGAAUGGGCAUUACCAGGGGGUAUGGUGGACCCUGGUGAGAAGGUGACCACAACGGCUGUCAGAGAGUUCCAAGAAGAAGCCAUUAACUCCCUUGUUAUGUCACAAGGAGAACUAAAAGCAUGGGAAGCCAAGUUCGAAUCCUUCUUCAGCGCCGGAGAAGAAGUGUACAAAGGCUACAUAGACGACCCGCGCAACACCGACAACGCGUGGAUGGAAACAGCGGCGUACAACUUCCACGACGACAGCGGACGCGUAGUCGGCGCGUUGAACCUGAACGCCGGCGACGACGCCGUCGGCGUCACGUGGGUCGACGCCCACCCGGAGUACCCCGACCUCAAGCUCUAUGCCAGCCAUAGUAGUAUUGUUAAGGAGGUACUUAGGAGGAGACUUGACGCUUUUUCUAAAGUGUAAGAACGAGGGAAUGAUCUCACAGCUGCCUUGAUUGAUACUUACAUGAAUCGUCUACCUACUCAAAACUAUUUUUAUAAGUGAUUGAAAACAAAAUAAACGAGCAUUUUGGUAUCUACUUAAAA